AUGCAGAUUCGAGACGAUACGAAUCGCGUAACAAUAAUAAAGGGAGCAAAACGGCGGCGCGCGGGGUGGCGGCGCCGCGCGAGCGGGGCGGGGCGCGCGCGGCUGGGUGUCGGCGGCGGCGGCGGCGGCGGCGGCGGCGUGCGGCGCGGCGGCCGGGCCGCGCUCAGUCGGCCCUCCGCUCGCGCCCAGUCGGCCGCCGCGCGGCGCCACCGCUCCGCCGCCGCCACCGCCGCCAUGGAGCACUUCAUCGAGGCCGUGCGCAAGUACCCCUGCCUCUGGAACACCACCGCCAUCGAGUACCGCGACCAGGAGCUCAAGGAUGCCGCCUGGACCGAGGUCAUGAAGGAGACCGACCUCUCGUCAGUGAAGGAAGUGAAGCUGAAAUGGAAGAAACUGCGCGACAGCUACCGGGACGCGUUGAAGCGUCAGAGCGAAAUGCUCGCGAAGGACCCUAGCAACCAGGCGAAGAAGAACUACCCGUGGAAGUACAUGGGGCCGAUGCAGUUCCUGCAGCCGCACAUGAGCGUGCGCAAGAAGCCGGCCGAGCCGGGCUCCGGGUUCGCGGUGGCGGCGGACUGCGGCGCGCACAACGGCGGCGCCGACGCCCGCUCCACGGACGACUCCGACUCGGAGGCCGAGUCGUGCGCCAAGCGCAAGGGCGCCGAGCGGCUGGCCCUCAUCGAGCGCAAGCUCGACUACCUGUGCAAGGCGCACGGCAAGCGCCAGUUCACCGAGGCGCACCUGCAGGAGCGCGGCCGGCCGCCGCCCGCCCACACCGCCCACGCCGCCCACCCCGCCCACCCCGCCCACCCCGCGCCCGCCGCGCCGGACCCCCUCGACAUCUUCUUCAACGGCAUGUGCCAGUCCACCAAGCGCUUCCCCUACCCCACGCAGAUCAAGAUCAAGCGCACGCUCUUCGACGCGGUGAUCGCGGCCGAGGAGGCGCUCAUCGCCGAGCAGCAGAGCUACGCCAGCCUGUGGGCGCGCGGCGGCGGCAGCUCCAGCAGCAGCUCGGCCGACGCCGACGCCGACGCCGACGCAGACGCCGAGGCGGCCGACGAUGAGCGCCGCCCCGCG